UCCGUGGUGCAGCUUUAGCUCCUACUGUUCGAGAAGACAAGUGACAGCUGUAAGGGUCAGCUACCUGUCAAGUGUAUGGCGGCCGAUGUGUAAUCUGUUCGACUUGCUGUAAUGCAGAAGUAUAGCAGGGAGGAGGACACCCGGCUCACCCCAUGUACAGGAGCCAGGAGCCCGCCUGCUGCUCCACCGGGACACAGACUGACAGCAUGCAGGGUCAAGUCCCAAGGCUUUCUAAAGUUAAUUUAUUCACACUUCUAAGCCUGUGGAUGGAGGUUUUUCCGUCUCCUAAAGAUGCUCAGGACAAAGAGAAACCCCAGCAGAUAAAGAAGACGGGGCUUGUAGUUGUAAGGAAUAUGAAGAUUAUUGGCCUCCACUGCUCCAGCAGCGAGCUUCAUGCCGGUCAGAUUGCAGUGAUAAAGCACGGCUCAAGACUCAAAGAUUGUGAUCUCUAUUUCUCCAGAAAACCUUGCUCUACUUGCCUGAAAAUGAUUGUAAAUGCUGGUGUAAACCGUAUCUCAUACUGGCCUUCAGAUCCAGAGAUGAGCUUACAACAAGAAAGGUCUUCCCAAACCAGCAUUGAAGACGCCAGGCUUGAUGCCAAGGCGGUAGAGAGGUUGAAAUCGAACAGUCGAGCUCAUGUGUGCGUGCUCUUGCAGCCAUUGGCUUGCUACAUGGUGCAGUUUGUGGAAGAGACAUCCUUAAAAUGUGACUUUAUACAGAAGAUCACCAAGAUAGAACCUGAGUUUACUAGAAGCACGUUCUAUGAGUAUCGUCAGGAACGGGUUAAGGAGUAUGAAUCGCUUUUUUUAAUCUCCAAUGAAGACAUGCACAAAGAGAUUCUGAGGUUGAUGGGAUUGGAAAAUCUGUGUGAGGACCCAUAUUUCGUUUGCCUGAGGCAGAACAUGAAGGAUCUUGUCCUCAUUCUUGCUACUGUUGCAGCUAGUGUUCCCAGCUACUCUGAUUUUGGUUUCUACCUCAGUAAGACCAGUGAUGGGAGCCACCAACAGGGACUUACCCAAGAAAUUGCACAGCACUGUAUAAUACAAGCACGACUACUGGCGUAUCGAACUGAAGAUCACAAAAUUGGAGUUGGUGCCGUUAUUUGGGCAGAGCGGAAAUCUAGCUCACUGGACUGUGAUGGGACGGGGUCCAUGUACUUCAUUGGGUGUGGAUAUAAUGCUUUCCCUGUGGGCUCGGAAUAUGCUGAUUUUCCACACAUGGAUGACAACCAGAAAGACAGAGAAAUCAGGAAGUUUCGGUACAUUAUUCAUGCAGAGCAGAAUGCUAUCACAUUCAGGUGCCAGGAGAUUAAUCUCGAUGAACAGAGCAUGAUCUUUGUGACAAAAUGCCCAUGUGAUGAGUGUGUUCCCCUGAUUAAAGGUGCUGGCAUCAAGCAGAUCUAUACUGGAGACAUGGACAGUGGUAAAAAGAAGGCCGAUAUAUCCUACAUGAAAUUCUCUGAACUCAGGGGAGUUGGUAAAUAUAGUUGGCAACAAAAUCCGCACAGGGCGAGUACCAGUAACACACAGGCUUCCAUGUCUGCAGAAAAUGGAGAUCUGAAGAACAAAGAUGAAGAUGAUCUAUGCUUCAAAAACAAAAGGAUGUGCUAUGGGCAGAGCUUGUAAACCUGGAGUGUCAUUUUAAGUUUUAUUUUAGUAAAGAUUUUAUUUAUUGCAGAAACAAUUCUAUUUUAGGAAGGAAAAAAAAUCUAUUUAUUUUUGCUGUUAACGAGAUCAUUAAAACAUGGUUACUUAUGGAUGCUGCAAGACACGGAUCUAUGGCCACCAAGCAAGCAACUGUCCAGUAAUAUGGGAGCAGAAGAAAACGCGGUGAAAUGCAAUCAAAUUUCUUUAGUCCAGCAUCAGAUCAUUUUGAUAAUCCUACACCUCUUUUUUAACGUAGAACCACAUGACUUUACAUGACUAAAAGUAUGACACCAGGCAGAGGCGGUUCAUAAGAGCAGGGUCGGACUGGGAACCUAAAGUGGACCUGGAAAAAAUACGAAAAGUGGCACCGUUUUGUUGGGUCCAAAUUGAUGGAAGGCAGGGCCAGCAAUACCAUAUCGUGGAACAUUAUACCACCCAACAGAGCCAAAUACCAGAGUUCAUCACAAAAUACUGCCAGCAGCACAAAAUACAUCCCCAUAAACUUCCACUGGCCGGCCCCCUGGGCAUCGGCCCUCCGGGAGAUUUCCCUGUAAGGUCUAUGGCCAAUCUACCCCUGCAUAAGAGUCCUAAAACAGCAUUUCAUUUCCAUCCGGAAGGAUCUCUGCCUACAUGUUCUAUGACCAACCCAUAAUCCAGAAUAUUUGAUGGUCUAGGCGCAUUUUUAAGUCCAUUUAUGCCUAAACCUAAGGAAUUUUACUGCACUUACAAUGGGGUAAAUGUUCAUAUCCAGUGGAAUAUGAUGUUGAAAUGCUGCUGUAUAUUUGGACAGCCUAGGGACUCUGCAUUCGUUAAACUUGUCUUAGAUGGAGGAUGUGCACCAUCUGACUGUGAAGGACAGGCAAUCGGAUGCCUCCACUGAAGGUGACCAAACAUUAGAUGUAGGGUGAAGGUUGAACAAUCAUUCCGAUGCAGCCAUACCCGAUAUUCCAUAGUGGCCAUGUUCACUGACACCCGCUCAACGACGAAUGAUCUUUCUGGGAAUGUCCACGUAAAGAUGGUUCACGGGCUGGCCACUUUCAGAUGACGAUUUUACACAUGGCUGACUACUUUUGAGGCUACGAUGGCCUGUCUUUGAUUGGUAGGCUAAAAUGAACAUUCAUUGUUAAAUUUCACCCAGCGAACAAUCGAUUUGGUUGAAAUCAGCCAUUGUAAUCAGAUUGAGACUAUGUAUGGCCCUGUAAUCUUGCACUUUAUUAUUGACUCAGGCGUUGUCUACCUGUCAUAUAACAUAAUGUUGUAUCAUUUCAUCCAUGAACAUUUCUGUGCCAGACGUUCUGUUUGUUGCAGGGUUGCUUGUGAUUUCCUUUACCCAAACAGCAGUCGCAGUAUGACCGUGAUUUUCAGGAUGUUUUGUGUUGUUUUAUCCUGUGUGCAGCCCCGGUCUCAGAGUUGGUUACUUUAGUACUAUUUUGCGUUAGGACUUCUUACUGGAAUUGGUCCAUUUAUAAGGAUUGAUUUGCUAAUAAAGCAAGGAGUAUUCUGGGAA